AUGAAAGCCAUACGUGAAGUGACAGCAAAAAUGGACAGUGAAGAUGUCAUCAUACUAUCUGGCGAUUUUAACCUACUAAAAUUAUGCUGGUUCACUGACGAUAAUGAAGAUCCUGAAAUUGCCAUUCCAUUGAAUGCUACGGGAAAAAAGGAAUUGAUCGUUCUUGAUACGUGCCAUGAAUUGGGUUUAGUUCAAAUAAACAAACAUAGCAACCGAAAUAGUUCAACGCUCGACUUAGUUUGGACGAAUUGCGUUGACUUGAUUACAUGCCAUAAAUCCGAUUAUCAUCUAUUAAAAAGAGAAGUACAUCACCCUUUUGCACUUGAAAUUAAAAUUCACGACUUUGAUAACAACCAAAGCAAGACUGCGUUAAAACUGAAGUACCAUGAUUUCAUCGGAGCCGACUAUGACGUCAUCAAUAAUAAUUUGUGCAACUUGAAUUGGAAUGACAUUUUAUCUGGAAUUGACUUGGAACAAAAUAUUAGUAAUUUUUACAAUAUCAUCAUUUCGGUUAUUUCAGAGAAUGUUGAGUUGAAGACCAAAUCUAUUUCAAGUCAUCCGAAAUGGUUCAGCAGAGAUCUCAUCAACAUGAAAAACAGAGUAAACACGCUUCAUAAGCAAAAAAAAUCACGUCUUUCAGCAGUUCAUGAACAUGCGGAAUUGAGAAAACAAUACAAAGCUUGUGCUCGUUCUGCCUUCAAAAACUAUAAGCUUGAGAUGGAACAGCUCAUCGAUGAAGAUCCUACAAAAUUUUUUGAUUACGUGAAUACAUGCAGAAAAACACAUGACGAUCUGCCCAGCGAGAUGGAGUAUGAUGGCAAUAAAUUAAGUUCACAACAAGACAUUGCUGACUCAUUUGCGGAUCAUUUCACGAAAGCAUAUACACAAAAUGAUACUCCCGUUAAUAAUUACAAAGACUGUGAAUCGUUCCUGAGAGAUUUGUGCCUUAAUAUUCCAACAAUUGAUAUCACCGAAGGCCUAAUUCUGGAAACGGUCAAUAAGCUGCCAACCAAUACAGUAUCUGGACCGGAUGGAAUUCCAAACAUUUUUAUUAAAAGCGUUGGAGCGGAAAAUAUCAAUACGUGCCAAUAG